GGGCGGGACUGCAACAGCAGGAGGAGCAAGAGCAGUGGUGGCGGGACUAGAGGGGGAGAGACUGCAGCAGCAACAGCAGCAUCACCGCCACAGCGGGUCCAGUGGUCGCUGCCUCCACCUCAUCAACCUCAACCAGCAGCAAGACCCACACCGGGGGAAACCACCGAUUCAAAGUUGACUGAUCAAUCGAAGAUGAAGUGACGGAAGAUGUAUUAUUAUCAGGCGCAAGAAAUCACGGGGAACUUUUAUUGCUGAUGAUAUGAAUGGAGGGAAGCGACUAUAAAUUGUUAAAUAGAUCUGUACAUGAUAGUUGUUUGGGACAUUUGUUGAAGUGCAAUUAAAGUUAGGGCAUCUAAACAAAAAACGCAAAAUGUGGACAUUCCUAGGAAUUGCUACUUUUACUUAUGUCUACAAGAAGUGCGAUGACUUGGUGAACGUGAGUUACGCUAACAAGGAGAUGCUGGGGGCGUUCCUGGUAUUUUUCUCCUUGGGGUUACUGUUGUCCUAUCGUUACCGAUGUGGGCAAGGGAAGGGCCGAAAACAGCCUUCCAACCUGGGCUAUAUCUGCCAGCUCCUCUCAUCCCUGCCCCUAGCAAACUCGCUCUUCAGCGGAACGAGAGACUCCAACAGCACUGAGCAGGACCAAGCAAAGCAGCAAAAGAAAAGAACUGCCACCUUCUCAGAAUACUCGUCAAGCACCAGAACAUCUUCCCAAGAUGAUCCAGAGAUCAUCAUUGUGGGCUCUGGCGUCCUUGGUUCCGCUAUGGCUGCUGUUCUUGCGAGGGAUGGGAGGAACGUGACAGUGAUUGAGAGAGACCUGAAAGAGCCAGACAGGAUUGUUGGGGAGUUGUUGCAGCCUGGCGGAUAUCAGGCAUUGAAGGCACUCGGUCUUGGAGAUGCAGUUGAAGGUCAUGAUGGUUGCAGCGUCAAAGGUUACAUCAUCCAUGACAUGGAGAGCAAUACGCAGGUGGAAAUCCCUUAUCCUCUGAAUGAAGAUGGCCAGGUGCAAUGUGGGACAGCAUUUCACCACGGACAUUUCAUAAUGGGCCUGAGAAAUACUGCAAUGGCUGAGCCAAAUGUAAAGUUCAUUGAAGGAACAGUGACACAUUUAUUGGAGGAAGAUGGGAGAGUUACAGGAGUCCAAUACAGAGAAAAAGAAAGUGGAGCGAUAAAGGAACUGUCCAGUCCAUUGACUGUGGUUGCUGAUGGACACUUCUCUAAAUUCAGGAAAAACCUGGUGAAGACCAAAGUCAGCGUCUCAUCUCAUUUUGUUGGUUUCAUAAUGAAGGACGUGCCACAAUUCAAACCUAACUAUGCAGAACUUAUCCUUGCCGACCCUAGCCCUAUUCUUGUCUACCAAAUUUCAUCCAAUGAAACAAGGGUACUAGUGGACAUCAGAGGGGAAAUGCCAAGACAUCUUAAAGAUUACAUGAUUGAGAAGAUCCAUCCACAGCUUCCAGACCACAUAAAACAACCAUUCCUGCUUGCAAUUCAGAAUGAUCGUCUGAGGACAAUGCCUGCGAGCUUUCUCCCUCCGUCUCCAGUGAACAAAUCAGGUGUGCUGCUUUUAGGUGAUGCGUAUAACAUGCGUCACCCUCUGACAGGAGGUGGGAUGAGCGUUGUACUAAAUGACGUGAGGAUAUGGAAAGGUCUGCUGUUGAGCAUUCCGGAUCUCCAUGAUAAUGAUGCACUACUGCAGGCCAAGAAAAGAUUUCACUGGGCAAGGAAGAAAUCCCAUUCCUUUGUGGUGAAUAUUCUGGCUCAAGCUCUAUAUGAACUUUUUGCUGCUACAGAUGAUUCUUUGCACCAGCUCCGGAUGGCUUGUUUUCAUUACUUCAAAUUGGGAGGGCAAUGUGUGUCGGGGCCAGUAGGUCUUCUGUCUGUGCUUUCUCCUGAACCAAUGCUUCUGAUCGGACACUUCUUUGCUGUCGCAUUCUAUGCUGUAUAUUUCUUAUUCAAGGCAGAGCCUUGGUACCUAAAACCACGGGCCCUGUUGAAGAGUGGGCUUGUUAUCUACCGUGCCUGCUCAAUUAUUUUUCCUCUUGUUUAUUCCGAAAUGAAAUAUCUUGUUAACUGAAUAACAAUUGGAGAUUAUAAAAAGUUCAGAAAGCAUGGAGCCUCGGCAACAAUUGGAUAUUUACCUUGUUACAGUCUAAAUAUUGGAUGCAUAAUGCUGUUGAAAGAUGUAUGAUUUCUUUAUGGUGAUUUGUGAAACGACUGAGCCAGCCCACCUUGCACUUUGUGGACUUGUGGUGCAAUAAACGGGACCUGUGUUCUUUGCGGCACCCAUGAAAUAACUCAACCUUCAAUGCACAUCGGGCACACUACAAACGGCGCUGAUUAUAGCAGGAGUCAUUGGCUUUGUGAAGUCUCGCUGCUAUUGAUGAAGCGCUUCAUUCUUCUAUUAUGAUAGUUGAAACUUCUGCUUAACACAUUUGAAAAUGGACUUAUUCCCAAACUAUAUCCUACAUUCUUUUUAAAAAGAAAAAUAUUUCCAAUGUUGAUUCCCAUAGUCCAGCUGUCUAAAACAUGUGGUGGUGGUGGUGGGGGGGGGGGGGGGGGGGGGGGGUUGUAGGUGUGCUCCAAAUCAUUCAGUUCCUCUGUGCAUCAGAACUGCACACACUCUGGGAUUUCCAUUGAAAUCAAACCAUUUUUUUUAAUGCGUUUCUUUGUAAGAUGGAAUGUCGGUUUUCAAGUAUUUUCUUUGUGUCUGCAUUUGGGUCAUGUUACUUGUAAGUAUUAAAAUUUGGAUUUUAAAUGAUUCUAUUACUGAAAACAUUUUGACAGACAAUUGCUUCGUCAAAUUGUAUCUCAUAAAAGGAUGGAAGGGAAUGUAAACUCUUGCUUUUUGGGAGUGUUAAUAAUAAUGUUACCUGUUUGAUGCAGAAUUUGAUUUGCAGAUGCCAUUUGAUUUUAAUAUUAUAGAUGGGUUUCAACCAAUUUGCAGCAAAUUUACUAACUAUGUCUCCUUAUUUAACUAUUCAAUUGGGCUCCUGUCUCUUUGGAGAGACCAUUAAACCUAGACCAUUAUCUCCUAUUAAUGGUAAGGAGCAUUGUUAGGUUAAGUGUAAUAGUGAUUCCUACCUCUGGUGGAAGCUGACAGUUUUCUAGGAAUUAGAGGGGGGAAGAAUGGAAAAGUAUUUUGUUGUUAUGGUGUUCCAAAUCCUCUGUAAAAUAAUUGCUCACAGGCCGACAUUUGUCUUAAUUUUAUAUACAUAUUUUAAAUGGAAACUUACUUGCAGUACUGUUUUGGAAUCACCAGAUGCCGCUAAUGUGCUAAUUUACAAAGCACACCAGCCAUACUGACAGUUCCUAGUCAAAGAAAAAUACAGCAUGGUACCAGGCCCUGCGACCCACCAUCUGAACCAACCACCCUUUUCCACUAAUCCAUCAUUAGUCCCAUUCUCUUUAUUCUUCCAUCAUUCUCAUCAAUUCUCCACAGAUUAUUAGUGGAAUUUACAGCAGCCAAUUAACAUACCAACUGGCAUGUCUUUGGGAUGCAGGAGGAAAUUUAAGGAAACACACAGAGCGCACCCGAGGUCAGGAUUGAACCAGGGUCUCGGGCACCAUGAGGCAGCGGCUCGAUGAACUGCACCACUGUGCUGCCCUUAUCAAUUGAUUUCUUUGGUUGACCAAAGAAAUAUUGUUGUUUCUUGUGCACAGGAUCCAAUACUCAGAUUUUCAUUUUUUAAUUCUGUCAGUUGUGCUUUAAAAAUAAAUUUACUUUUGCCAAAUGGGCAACAACUAACUUAAUCAUUCCCCCAUGUCUGAAAUGUGUGCAUUCGAUUACAAGUGUAUAUUAUUGUAAAAGCAGCAGCUGGCUAUAUUUGUUUGUUAUGUUUCAUUAUUCUACCAUUAAUUCUAUAUUGGUAUGCACAACAUUUUAAUAAAAUCUUUCUAAUUUGUUGAA